UGUUGAUACAAUUGUAGAUUAUCAGUGUUUAUUGUGUUACGGAUGCUGGGACUCAUUUUUCGUUUGAAUGUCAAUACUCGUAGUAGAUUAUUAGUGUUGUCUUUUGAUUGUUUAGUCAUUAUUGGACUCGCAACGAUGAGGAGCUCGUGUUUGCGGUGUUCAUAGUCCUCGCAAACUAUUCAACUAUUGUGUUGGGGCGUGUUGGUCGCCUGUUUUGGGUGUGUUGGUGUGGCAGUUUUCAAGAAGAAGAAAGGAUGCAGUCGGGUCUUUAGGUUGGCUAAGAAAAGUGAAGAUGGAUUGUUAGCCAUGGCUUGUGCAAUUUUGAGAGUUAUGAUGAUCGGCAAACUGUAAGUUAAGGUGUAUCGUGAACUUUGUCAAUAUAGUAUGUAGUUGUGUUUUGCUUUGUUUUGUCUCGAUACUAUGUUCGAUCCACAUCGCACAAGUUUUUUCAUUGAGCUUAAUGAUAUUCAGUAAGAUUCAUUAAAAGAUCACUCACUUCAUACUACUUAUUGAAUUGAACAAAAUGUGAGUAAACAAAUCCACUUACUUAAUGUUUUAGGUUUGAGAUACAUAAACACAAUUUUUCAGUUUUUUCUAUCAAUGCAUUACUAAGACACAGAGGGUUGGAGAUAUACAACUUCCAUAGUCAAGGGAGCUUGAGUGGAUUGAAUAAGUUAGUCUCAAUACUCUCAAUCUAACCCGAACCCAAAACCAUUGAGUUCAUUAGGCUCACCCCCCACACAGCUAAGUUAGCCUAAUCCACAUGAAACCCCAAAACAAGCAAGUAUUUAUAAGCCAUAUAGCAUGUUAGAUAUCUACUAGCGAUGAAUGCAAUAUAGCGGCACACUUGCGUCGAGUCUUGUUAACCAAAGCUCCAUCGACCGUUCUUACUCCUUCACCUCUUAGAGUUAGAUACCUCGCUUUCUCGAUGAUUCAUUCUCUUACAUAUUGUAUUAAUACGCUCAUCACCUUUUUCUCUCUAUAAGAUUUAAUACACACGCGUCGAGGUGUGUGAGAUAAUGUAAGGGAAUCAAAUACUAUAUACUUGUAUGAUUCACUUCAAGAUUUAUUGUCUCACAAUAGAUUCUAAAUAGUUUCCUAAACACAUUCAUUUCAUAUGCAGGAUCCAAUCUUGUUAUAUCAACUAGUGUAUAGAUAUUCCAAGCCAUGUCAUGCCUAGACAAGUCCAAAGGUAGCUUAUAGAUCAUAACACAUGAUCCAACGGCUAAGAGGCUAUCAAUCACUUUUCUCGUACUUCCUUUAGACCCUCCUGAUGACAUUGAUUAAACCUAAGCCCAUUCCACAGGGUAAAAAUAAGCUCGACACUUUCAUGCACUAAAUAUUUUAUAGAUUUGAGAGUCGUACUAGGUCUCAAUCGACCAAUCACCAACAGAGUCCUUAUUGAAAGUUUUCUUUGCUCGAAAGAAGUAAAUACAAAUGCAUCAUUAGAGCUUAUCAAAGUCAUCAUCGCAAAGUUGAAUUAUAAUAUCAACAAUACCAACACCCAACAAGCAAAGCAACCAUAUUAUCCUACAUCGAUAUUGCGAUUAUCCGGUAAAACAUUCUAUUUACCACCAAACUAAGGAGUAACUUUUAUACAUGGUAAAUUCAUACUAAGUUGUAAAUUAUAUAUAUAUAUAUAUAUCCCCCAAUUCUAUUUAUGCCUCAACAGAAUCACCCAAAACUGAAACUACCAUAACAAUACAUGCCAAUCAACAGACUGAAUCAUUCUGGUAGUUGUGUAAAAAUAACAAAAAAGGGGGGAAAUGGUAUCAAAUAUCAAUGGGGUACCGAUUGUUGUUGGCUGGUUGAAGCCAUUCAACAUUUUUGUAUGAUUUUAAAGAAAUUGACAGCUUGAAUCUGACAUAGACCAGCCAAAGAUCCCCACUAAAAAAAAAACCCCAAUUUUUUUCACCUUUUUUGACACAUUUCCCCCUUCUCCCACCUAAUUAUUUCCUAUUUUAUUUUCCAAAUAAAUGGGUUAGUAAUGGUAGCGGUAGUAGUACUACUUGGUCUCUCAUGUGUAAACGUAAACCCUAAAAAUAAAUUAGUACAAACAAAAUAAAAAAACAAAACAGGAAGGAUCCAAAUAUGGGCAUAUAUACAGCAAGGCGAAAAAAGGAUCCAAGGAGGAAAAUAAGCAAAUGGAAAAUGGAAUAUAUGGUAAAAAAUGAGAAAAAGAGAGAGUCCUGAAUGAGUAGGGUUUUGCUUUUGUGUGGUGUUUUGGUGUCAAAUUGACACUCUCUCGCCAUACUCUUGCUUUCCACCACUACUACUGCUACCCACCAAAAUCACCAAUAAAGGGGCAGAGUGGCUUGUGAGAAGCAGUCCUCUUGGGCUAUUGAAUCCCUGCCCUCAGCUCAAAAUCUCUCCCACAUCCUUCUUUCUUCUUCUUUUUCCCCCUUUUAAAUUGUUCUUUCUCCUCUUCCUCCUCCUCCUAUCUAUCUUUCUGCCUCUACCGCACAUACCCAGUAAGUAUUUCCGUCCUCUCUCGUCGUAUUUCGGUUGUUAUUUUGUUGGGUUUUGGAUGUAUGGAUGAAAGGUGUAAUCUUUUGCUUGGUAUGUUUUCUGGGUUUGACUUUGUUUUUGUUCUGAUUAAUUCUGUUUUUAUUCCCCUCUUCCGGUUAUCCUAUUUCCUGCAGAAAGAGAAAGGAAAACACUAUCUUCCUGUGUGUGCGGCUGUCUGCGAUGGGUGAGAGAAUACAACCGGGCAGUUUCUUCCAGUACCCACCUUCUGGGAUUCAUCAUGCUUCUCCUCAUAGAGCCAAUUCGUUUCCUUCAGAUCGUGAGAGGUAAGUUUUUCUUCUUCUUUUCUGGAUCCUUCAUCCACCCUUUUGAGUUUCCUUGUUUUAUGGUAAAUUAUGAUUGUUUGUUGCUUCUGUGAUUGCGUAUUGUUGUCAUAGUUUUUGAUGGUUUCUUGAUUUGGUUGGUGGUGUUGGAUUUCUAACUUUUGAUUGCUUGACUAAUUGCUACGACCACCACCAUGAUAGGGUCCGUGAGUUGUGUCGGUGGAGUUGUUGUAAUAGUUAUAUGGUGGCAACAUGUCACUGUUCAUGUGAACUAACUUGGGAUUAAUCAUGUCUAGUAGCCAGUAGGUUAUUCUAGUCUACUUGGAUGUUGUGGUGAAAAUAGAGGCAGAUAUGCUGUUCAUUGUCUGGAAGAGCUGAAUUAGCAAGAGGAGUAGUAGCUGUGGGAAAUUGAUAGUUGUUUCUUGUUAAUAGCAGAUGCUUUCCCUUCUGGGAAAUGUUUAGUAUGUUAAUAUGUUGCUAGGUUCACUCGCUUGUUUUUGCAUCCUGCCCCUUACCUCUUUUUGUCUCUCACAAGCGAUACUUGUUCAGCUGUUUGUCAUCCUCUUAAAUCUUAAUCAAUAGAAUUACUCUCCUGAUUUUUGAGAUUCAAUCUGAGUUCUUAGUGAAUUUUUCAACGCACUUGUCUGAAAUGGCAUUGUGAUCGGUGUUUUGUUUGUUCUUUUGAAUGGCUUCUGGCCAUCAUGACUUGAAUUGGGUAUUCAAUUGUCUUAAAAUUUGAAUUUUUUUCUUGUUACUCUGUUCAAUAAAUGUUAUACUGGUUUGGAAUGCGUCAAUUUCAUGAGCACUUCUCUUGCAGGUACUUGGCUGAACUACUAGCGGAGAGGGAAAAAUUGGGGCCAUUUAUACAAGUACUUCCACAUUGCAGCCGGCUGCUUCAUCAAGGUUACUGAAUCAUAUGAUCAAUCUCUUACUUUAAAUAGGCAGUUGAUCACAGACAUGUCAGUGCAUGAUGAAUUGCACUUGAGUAAAUGACUCGUAUGUAGACUAGUGGUUGUUGAUUGAUUAUCUCAUGGUAUCCUGUCCAUAUAUCUAUUUUUCUGUUUCAAUUUCGAGGAAACACAUGUUCUGCAGCGAGAAAAUCGGCAUAUUGAUGUACUCUUUCCUUUUUAGUGGAAGUGAGAAAUCUGUCAAAUAAAUCUUAGGAUGGUUGCUAAGAUAGACACAACUUCUUGCAUUCAACCACGCUGGAUGUUCUUGUCUAACCCCUAAUUAACUACUAGAUGUGUGAUUGUAUUGGUUUGACUCUUUAACUAUUGCUGACUACUGCUAAUGUACUAGAUUAACAUAACAAAGAUACUGUUAACCGCUUACAAGGGUUCUUGUUGAAUGCUUAUAUGCUUCUCUUGUACACUAACAUAACUGCAGAGAUCAGGCGAGUAUCAAGUUUCAAUCAGGGUUUUGGAGAGCAUGAAAGAUAUGAGCACGAUAGUCCAUUUAGGUCAUUAGGUCAACAUCCUAAUGGAAGGACAAUGGAUUUGGAAGCAUGGUCUGCUAUGCAAACAGAGGUAGUGAAAUUCUACAGUUUCGUAUGUGCAGUGUAUGGUCCUGGUCGUCUACUUACCUAACAGUGUUCAAAUUUAACCAUUUGCUAUUGGAGUCUGUUUUGUUGUCCUGUCAUGGUCUCUCGAGUAAGUCACUUGAUUGAUGACCUUUUCUUUACGGGGAGAAGUGGAGGCCGAGAAUGGUAUUCUACCGAUGGGUUAGUUACUGGAUGCUGUCAAGAAUGGUUGUGAAAUGUUAAUUCUGAUCUUUUUCUUAUAAGGGUGAUAUGGAUUUUACUCUUUUGUUAUUAAGGCACUACUUAAGGGAUUCGAACCUGAGAAAUCUAGGUUCAAGGCUAGUGGUAUUACCACUAGACCAAACCCUUGUUCGUUGUUAAUUCUGAUCUAGCAUAGGGAGACUAAAUGCCGAUGCAAGGUAAAUUUUGUGGGUGUUGCUUGCUUGAUGUAGGAACUCAUCAUCGAUCUAGAUUUUAUUUGAUCUGUUCUUUGUUUAAUAACUGUUGAAGUCAAAUCUAAGAAGAUGAUUCAGAAAUGAAGACAAUCUAUGGAGCGGGUGAAGUUUAUAAACAUUUCGAGCUAGUUAUAGCUUGUUACAAGUUGCAAUAUGAUGGCAGUAGUGACUAAUGACUGGCAACAUUGAAAUCUUCUAGAUAGUCCCACCAAAAAAGAAAAAAAAAACAUGCCUAGAGCCAUGGAACAGUAAGCUCUUUUUUCAUGUUUAGAUCUUAUUAUCAUAACACUUCAAUGUGAUCGCUGACUAAUGUCUGAUUAACUUCAAAUCUGACUUGAACGGCGAGAAGCUCUAAUCUUACAGCCUGAAAAAAGGGGGGAAACGAGUGAAUGGGAGUUUGAUCUUGUUAGUAAUUUUUUGUCCUCAAAUUUAUUUUCUGCAUGCAUACAUUCAAUAAGAAUCGAGUAUCAUGUAAAAACAAACAUCCUCAUUUGGCACUCUAAGAUCAUUGAAGAGGCAGAAGCUACUAUCUAGCUUGACCUCAUGUUUAGUGGUAUUGUUUGUUUCAACUUUUCAAGUUACUUGAUGGAAAUUCACACGAUUUUAAUUACGUAUCUCCUGCAGGAAAAUGGGCAUCUCCAGAAAAUGGCUUCAUUACAAGCUGCUUCAAUUGGUUGGCCUGCAGUCCCUGGAAUUCCCACAACACCUGUUGUAAAGAGAGUAAUUAGACUUGAUGUUCCAGUUGACAAAUAUCCCAAUGUAAGUGAGAUAUGCUUUAAACAAGGUUGCUGAAUUGGAUAUGCUAGUUAUAAUUUUCUAAUUCAAAGCUUUUUUUUUCCAGUACAAUUUUGUUGGUCGAAUAUUGGGACCUCGCGGGAACUCCUUGAAAAGAGUUGAAGCCUUGACAGAGUGCAGGGUCUAUAUAAGAGGCAAGGGGUCAGUAAAGGACUCUCUCAAGGUAUCAUUCAACGCCGUCUUCAGUUCAUUUCCAUUUUUGGUUGGUUUCAGUGGUGCUGAGCACAAAUUUGACUGUUUCAUUCCUUGAAGCCAUAUGGCAGUUCCAACUUCAUGCUCUCCAAUUGAACUGUUUCUUGUCUAUUUCCAUUUGUUUUAAACCUAGAUUCUAUUUUGCCUAGAAUUUCACGCCUUCAUAAUUUUUUACCAUAUAUGCCUUAUUUGCAUGUUGAAAGGCCAGUUCAUAUGGUCUUCAAAAUCUACUAGGGUGAUACACCUGCUAAGCAAAAGAUAUAUCCAAGCUUUGAAAAUAGGAUAAGUAACUCUGAUUGGGCUGCUUGGAACUCAACCCGUUGCUAGUCGGAUGGGGUUAGAAUUACCUACUUGAGGUAAGAAACCCCUCCAUAAAGCUGUGAAUCAUUGUGAAGCAGUAGCAGUACUAUGCUUAAUAUGACACUUGAAACAAAGCUUUUGUCUCCCUCCAAUUCUGAAGGUUAAAUUUAACUUUUUCCCCUGUUCUUACAUCUUUGGUGGGACAGGAAGACUGACUCCUAAGAAUUGCCUCUAGCCAUUAUGUGUUAAUAUUGUUGUGUUCUAUAUUUUUUGCUCCACUUUGAUCCCAUUUGCUGAAGGAAGUACAUGUCAAAUUGUAGGUGAUGCCAAACAUAGCUCUCCCCGAAGUUAAUUUAAUGGUGAUGUGUGCCUCCCUUUGCGGUCAACUUUCAGACUUUCGGUGUUAUAUUUCCUUGGUUGUGGAGGAUUGUUUCGAUGUUUAUGUCUUUAUGACCCAGACUCUACACUGGUUGAGUUUAUCAUAUGACAUUUUACAAGUAAAUGAAUAUUAGAGAUCUAUGAUAUAAACCGAUGUGCCCUGGAAGCUGUUGCUUGUUUGCUACAAUUGGGAACUUUCGCCAUUUGUGCUUUUUAAGUAUAAAUAUAUGAAUAAUGUUAUCAAAAGUCUCACUGUUCUUCAUUUUAUUUUCAGGAAGAGAAAUUGAAAGAUAAACCAGGGUAUGAGCACCUGAAUGAGCCACUUCAUGUCUUGGUGGAGGCUGAGUUUCCAGAGAACAUUAUAAAUGCUCGCUUGGAUCAUGCAAUGACCAUACUGGAAAGCCUUCUGAGGCCUGUGGUAUGAUCCAGCAACAAACUACGCGCUUUUGGUGAAAAAAUUCCACUCUGGUGAUACCGUUUCGCUUGCAGGUUCCUAUCUUGCACUAAUAGCUUCUCUACCUUUUCCUUAACUCAGGAUGAGUCUUUAGAUCACUACAAAAAGCAGCAAUUGAGGGAGCUGGCAAUGCUGAAUGGUACACUAAGGGAGGAAAGCCCUAGCAUGAGCCCUAGUAUGAGCCCAAGCAUGUCUCCUUUCAACUCUGCAGGGAUGAAACGUGCCAAGACUGGAAGAUAAUACAGACACUCUAUGAGAACCUGAUAACGAAUGCGACUCCUUUGGGAAUGAUGAUGGGCCAGAGUACAGACACUUGGAAGGAAGAAGGAGAAGAACGUUGGAACUGCUGGCUGGAGUGUCAUAAGAAAUGGUUUGGAAACAAGUUUGAAGCUCCUCCCCGAGUGUUUUUGGUCAUAUGUUGAUGAUGAUCUGCGAUGGUUUGCCAAAAAGGAUAUUUGGGCAGAGGUUCUAUAUGGCUUAUAAGUUUUGCACUAUUAGUUUUGUUUGAUAUGCGUUUUCACCAUCCACCCUUUUUAUCUUAUAGCCCCCAUUAUAAUUAUUCCCUUGUAUUAUUCCUUUGAACGUUGCAACGUAAUAAUCUCAUUGGCUAAAGCUGACUUGUAUUUUGACCAUAAUAUCUAGUUGUUCUUCAGCCAGCCAUGUAAAACUUUGAUUGGAUUUUCUGAAGUAGAUUCUCUGCCUCGUUUGAAUAAAUUCUUAGUAUAUGUAAUGUGCAUCAUGACCUUAUAAAUGGGCACAUGUUUUAGUCACCAUAUACUUGCCUUUAUUCUUAUGGUUGUGAUGGACUUAAAGGUUGGUUUCUGUUGAAAAAGUCAUGAGAGUUUGUACACUUUCUCAAGUUAGGGAAGCCAAAACUAUUGCUGUUUUUUCUUCUUCCUGUUUUUGAUGUUGUAAUGAGGGUGAGAAAAUACAGUAUGAUCAGUACUUCAUUAAACUAGACAAACGUCGUAGGUUAAGUCGUUAAGACUCUCAAAAGUUCAGAGAAGCCAACAUCAGGGCCAUUUAUCGACUUUCAGUUUCGUGUUGUUCAUUCACUGGAUACAAACUUUUCCUAACAAUUUCUACAAUACGACUCCAGAAAUUGUUGGCACCUCCGUUCUAAUCUUGAUUAGCAAUUUAGGUUUCCUUGUACCUUCAAGAGAGAGAAACACAAUAUGGAAAAAAAUGCAAGAAUUUGCUAUCACAAUUUCAUGUCUUCAUGUUAUGUGCAAGUAUCAAAGUACAGCUAAUGAAGCCCAGCUUUGACCUAAGAAAGGAGCUUCAGUUCUUGAACUGGUUCAAACAGUAAAAAGAGUUAAAUUCCCACAUUUUGCACAUGGCUUGAACUCUAGACAGCGAGCGAUGCAGUUCAAGGGAAAAACAGAGCUCCCCAGGUUGUCCAGUGGCAGUACCAGAAGAACAGGGAAAACAAGAUGAUAGCAAAGCUCUUGAAUCAUACAAAAACCCUAUAUGAGAAUGCUCAUUACAUUCUGUGCAAACCUGAGUAUUAUACUUUUCUCUUUUCCUCUCACUACAAGGAUCUGAAAGAAUUUUGAUAUCAUGAUUUUCAUCUCGACAUAAUCACUAGUAAAUAUUAUGAAGGCCGUAAUUGCAAAAGCGUCUGCCUUGGAAGCAAAGUAUCUUCAAGUAGGGGUGUUGCGAUCCAGCAGAAGGAACCACCGUGUCCCUAAUGCCAAUCCCAUUUGUGAAACCUGCAAAAAUAUGCAGUGGGUGGGGUGAGGGUUUUGACAUGCUUGGAAUAGCAGAGCUAUAUCUGGCUAAACGCUAGACUUCAGGGCAUGCAGUCAUGGUAGUGACAGAGACAUACUCUAGGCAAACGACCAGUAGCUCUCAGAAUUAUGUUCAUUUGCACCAUUACGAAAUCUAUAACCAUGCACAGCUUUAUGCACAAUGACAAUUGUGGAAUUGGUUAUGGCAAUGGAACUCUCUAUCUAGAGUUAAACCAGAUUAAAAAUAUGCUGCAACAAAGACUAUCCACUCGUGCAGACCGGAACUGCAGUUCUCUAACUGACCGUACAAACCAUUCUUGCAAGCUUCAGUUAGACGGGGGUCUCACAUGCGUAGAAGGAAAUGGAUAGAUCCCAAAUGUGAAUGCAAAUUUCUGACCAACAACUAAUGUUGCACUCUGUAUUCUACUUUCCAUGGAAACUUCAGCCACAAACACCCCAACAAAUAAUCUGCAUCUUUCACAUUCACCAUAACCAGGAUCAAAUUUCAGCAACUUUCAAGAUUCAGCAAAAGACCAGGUCUGGAAGGGCAUAGAAGGACAUGGAUUGAUCCCAAAGAUGUGUGUUUCCGCAUAGUUGCAGAUUCUCAUCUACCACUAAUGAUCCAAUCCAGAAUCCACUUUCCAUAACAACAGCUACAGACCCCUCAACAAAUUCAGCAGCAUUUGACCCUAUAACAAGGAACAAAUUUCGGCAACUUUCAAACUUCACACAAGGACAAGGUCAGGACGGUGUAGAAGGAAAUGGAUGCUUCCCCUAUAUAUGUUUCCACGUAGUUGCGAAUAAUCAUCUAAACUAAAGUUCCACUCCUGAAUCUACAUUCCAAGUAGGGAAAUAAGGGGAAACAGGGAAGCGACGCAUACUUCGUGUCAGUUAGGAUUUUGAAAGAGAUACACGUACCUCAACAACAAUUGACUCCAUUACGAAGAGAACUAUGAGUGUCAAUCUCUGAGGCCAAGUUCAACCUCCAGCUCAUCAUCCUCUUCAAACAACUUUAGGAGACGGGCAUACUGCUCUUCUCUUUUCUUCUUUUGCCAGAACUUGAAAAGGCCGAAUGAAAGCAAACCAACUGCCACUAUCCCUAUGAGUAUGAAGAUAAUCUUACGGCCAUUAUUGCCACCAGAAUCAGCUUUCUUUGCAUUAUCUUUUGUGCUAGAUGGGUCGUCACAUAAGCCUGCACGGCGAACCACAGCGAGAAAACUUUCAAUAAUGUGGACAAAAGACUGAGAGCUACAACUCUCUUAUCGAUCGUCAGCAAAACCAAUCCACCGGGGUCAAAUAAAACUGAUGAAAACUAACACCUAAAACUCACAGAAAUCAUCAACUAAGCACAGCUUCAACUGACCAAUUCGAGGCCAUGUAAGUAGGCUGCCACUAGACCAAAGUGAAACCCUUAUCGUACAUAUUACCCACAAUAAAUAAAAAGAUCUUCAGACCUCUUAACCUCUAACCUAAUCCCUAAUGUUCUUGAUCUGCACCGCAGUAGUCCACCCCCCAUUCCAAAAGAACUGAAGCUUGGAAAUUCACAGAAGCCGAAGAUCAAAAUGGGUGAGCUAACUCAUGACAAUUAAUUUCAAAGCGCAGUUAUGAAUCACCGAGCUAAAAUGGAAAUUGAUAACGGAAUCGUGGAACAAACUUGCAGCAGAAAUUCAUCGAACCUAAUGGAAAGGGAGGAUCAAGGACGAAAAGAUUGAAGCUUUGCAGAAGUUAGAAAGAUGGGGAGAAAGAGAUCCGGGAGAGACGAACCCGAGAGAAACUGGAGAGAGGCGGCAGUGAAAAAGAAGAGGAAACGCCAAGGAAAAGCCGAUCUGCUUCUUGCGAUUCCUCUCAUCCCUCUCUCUGCCGUCGCCGGCUGCCGCUGCUCCUUGAAAUACUGAAAGAAAGAACCCACCACAGCACACCACAGCUUGUCGCGAAAAUUUUCACUUCUGAAUGCAAAAUCCGAUGUGGGUUUCACUUCUCUUCGCUCCCCCCGUCCGUAAAGAAGUCGAGUAUCGUUGCUGAUUGAUUUGGUUGAUCGGUCGGUGGGUCGUACGGUUUCCGUGCGACUUAAGCAGCCAGUUCUGAGGGAGCAAUCCUUUCCCUUUCUUUAUUAUAAUGGGCAAAGUGAAACAGAAACUCUUGUCAAUGGCUUCCUUCGGUUUGAAUUGUAAUAUUCGACUGCUGCCUGCCACUUUGUUUGCUUUUCAUCGGUUUUUCACCCUCUUGUAACAUUAGUUUGUCUAUACAGUUUUAUGACCUACCUACUGUAAGGACAGCCAUGUCAUCCAGUUGGCCAAAACUCAGAUGGCAACUUAUAGUACGUAGAUGAUAGAUCUAAAAAAGAGAUUGGGAGAGU